UAGAAAAUUAUGGGGAUCCAUAACUAUUCACUGCUCAUUGACAUUGACUAGGCUGAAACGGAGGAGGGAUUAACCCAGUUCCGUAUAAAUACAUGUUGUUUUAUCCCCAACAUCACAACUACUUCUCUCGCAAAUUCAUGUUUCAGAUGGGGGAGAGAUCAAUUCCAUCUUAAAUAUUACCAGCUAUUAUGGGACCAGACAAACAUUCUGAUGAUAAACCAGCUUCAGCGCUAAAGCUAUUCGGAUUUCCAUUAACUGAGCAAGAUGAAAUUCUUGAGAAAACAGAAAAUCUUGAAGCUAGAAAGUUCCAGUGUCAUUUUUGCCGCAGGGUGUUCGCUAAUUCUCAAGCGCUAGGGGGCCAUCAAAAUGCGCACAAAAAGGAGCGUCAAAGAGCAAAAUCACGUGUCCAGUUUCGUGGUCAUGAUCAACGGCCCAUAGCAGCCGCUGCAUCACCCAUUUUCAGCUCAAAUGCAGUGAGACCGGCAACCCCCAUCUAUCAAGGACAGUUUGUUAGUACUGCUACUAAAACUGAAACACGGCCCAGUUAUUAUUAUACAUCACGCCCCUUGUUGCUUCCAUCGCCUUCUCAGCUUCCUUCUCGAAUUUACAUCGCCCAGCCUUUGCAUGUUGCGACUGCGAUGCCCUCGUUUACCGAAUUUCCUGGUAAACUGGCUGAGGGACUGGGAGACAGAGAUGUUGAUCUCCAUCUUAAACUUUCUUCCUCUGGUUGAUUUUAUGAGUUAAUUAAGAUAAAUCUAUGCAGUUACAGUAAUAAUUAUGGGCUUAAACGUGUACACGAAUUACCCUGGAAUCUUGACAAAGCCAAAAAAGGUUUCCAGCUAAA